CUUUGGUGUCCUCUGAUUUUCCAAAACAUCUUAGUGAGGGAGAGAGUGAGAAAGAGAGAGAGAGAGGGAUCGUCGUAGGGUCUCUGUGGAAAUUUUGGUGUGGUAGACAGGCCUGCCUGGUCUGCUCUUUAUUUAACAGUGGGAGUAAAGAGAGAUGAGCUCUGUGAGUGCAGAUAAAUAUAGUGUGAGAACAGGCAGUCUGCUGGGGAACUCUUCACAACCUAACGCCACCUAACUUUCUCAGACCGAGAGAGAUCUGAGCACUUUUCCCCAGUUAAGACUAGGUGAGUAAAUUACAAGAUGCAGGUCAUCGACGACGACCAUCAAUACACACACUCAUGUGGCCAGAUACAGUAUAGUUUAUACACAAGAGAUUAGAUUGUACGCCAGAGAGAGAUAAACCACCUACACAUACUGAACUACAACACACACACUUUGAAACCUGUGGAAACACAGCAGGUUCUCAGUUAGAAGCUGACCUUCCAGGCACUUUUGGCCGUCAUAUGAGCGUGUAAGCCAAGAAAGAAGGACAGAAAGAGACAGAAGUGGCACGUACACGCACAUUCAAACGUGUCCAGCUGCUCCCUUGGGUUGCUAUUAGUUUGUAAUCGUAAUGAGGAUGAGAGAGUUGGGGAGAGCGGCUACAGGGCGAGCCACAGUGGAAAACCUGCAGAAAUGAUGUCACAGCAAUCGCGACCACCGAUUGGAGUGGAGAUUCCCGACGAGAGCCUAUAAAACCGGGAAAGACAACAGCAGGAACCAGCAAAGGCAGAGAACGUGAGAAAUUCCAGGAACUGCACGGUGUCCAUCUGUCCGUCCCUGUGUGACUGAAACCAAAUCAGAUUAAGGAUGCUAGGCUGUGGAUGUGUGCUGCUCUCUGGUCUGCUGACACUGACCUUGUUCCACUGCAGUGUGGAAAGUCUUCACAUACCCCAAGAAAGACCAGAGUAUGUGGAAUCAUCUGUGGUGGAGGGCCGCGGUGUCCAGCAAGGCCAAACCGAGCAGAAGACCUCAGGAGCCGUGAACGCUAAACACCUCCUGCACGACCAGCUGGUCCGACUGGAGAACGAUGUCAUCGAGACCAAGAGGAAACGGAGCUUCCCCGGAUCCAACACGCCUCUUGACCGCCUGUCAAUCAGCACCAUGGAUCCCAAAAGCAACAAGCAAAGGAAGGUGGUUGAAUUGCCGCGACGACGAGUCAGCGUUCCGAUUGACCGGAUUGGCGUGGGUCGUCUUCCCAAUAGCCGAGGAUAGACUCCGCUUUUGACCACGCCCCGACAAACAGAGGGGAAUUUCGCAGGUAGAUGAAAUGCAUGAUAAGCACACCAGCCGACACAACUCACUAACCACUGAAAGAUCUCCGCGUUCUCAGAACACUUUUAAUCAUCGCUUCUCCAGAGCUGUUCUUUCUCAUUGAUUACUGACUUAAACUUUCAAUGUCUGAUCAAACUGUUUAUUUCCAGUUAGGAUCCAUCCGUUUAUGAUGUCAGAGGCAUUAGCCAAUCAGAGAGGAAUCUGCUCAUAGCUUCCAUUGCACAUCUCAAUAUUUACUCCAGUGCCUCACGACUUCUCGCUUGCUGUAAUGUACUGUACACAACUAUUGUCAUUUUCUCAAUUUGACUGAAGGCUGUUCAGCCUUGACAAUAAAACAGAUGAAAUUCUA